AUUUGAAGGCGAGGUUGAUGUUUUGUAAAUCAAAGAAUAACAGACAAAUAAAGCUCUCAAUGAGUGGAGAAACCAGUCGGAAGACGCAGUGUUUAAUCAGGAACUACAUUUCCCAUGAAGCUUUGCGGUGUCACUUGACGCUUGGAUGGGUUCACAUGACAGAUACAUCAACACAUCCCUGACAAGCAGAAAACAAGUUGACUAAGUAACCUUCUUCCCCCCAAAAUCCAAUUCAUGUGCACAACGCAGUGAAGGAAAGGUGCUUCAACAGAUAAUGUCAGUCAUGGCUCCUGCUGCAGACAAAAAGCUGACAGGUCUGGUUGCAGCCACAUUUACGCCAUUCACCACACAAGGGGAAGUCAAGCUAUCAGAGAUCGGACCUUAUGUUGACUACUUGAAAGAGAAGCAAGGUGUUAAUAAUAUAUUUGUGAAUGGCACGACCGGAGAGAGUAUGUCUCUCAGUGUUGCAGAGAGGAAGAAACUGGCAGAGGAGUGGUGUCAGAAAGCCAAGGGAAAAAUGGAUCAGGUGAUUGUGCAUGUCGGCUGCAUGAGUCUGAAAGAUUCCCAAGAACUGGCUCACCAUGCAGCACAGAUCAGGGCUGAUGGGAUAGCAGUCAUUGCCCCAUCUUUCUUCAAACCCCGCAAUGCAGAGGCGUUGAGGACAUUCCUCCAGGAAGUGAGUUCAGCUGCCCCAGAUGUGCCCUUCUAUUAUUAUCACAUCCCUGCUGUCACCGGUGUGAACGUGCUGGCAAGAGACGUGUUGGAAGGUAUUGAUAAGGUUAUUCCUGCCUUCAGAGGCGUCAAGUUCUCCGGGACUAACCUGAUGGACUGUGGCCAAUGUGUCAGCUAUAGUCUGGCCCGCUGGUCAGUCCUCUACGGCGUGGAUGAGCAACUUCUAGCAGGUCUGGUUAUGGGAACCCAAGGAGCAGUUGGCAGCACGUAUAACUAUUUAGGAUGCCAUGUCAACAAGCUCAUAUCAGCAUUCGAGAAAGGCGAUCUUGUCCAAGCCAGGACCAUACAGUUCAAGAUUCAAGAGCUUAUCAGUUAUGCCAUAACACUCGGCUUUGAUGUGGGAGUGAACAAGCAGCUGAUGACUGAGGUGUCAGGCUUGAGUCUGGGCCCCCCUCGACUCCCUGUGAUGCCGUGUCCUCAAGAUGUCGCUGGGUCCAUCAAGCGGAAAUAUCACAGCAUUUUUCCUGAAUGUUGUGCUUCAGAUGCACAAUGACAGCAGGGGCCGUGUGACAGGUCCAGUUACUGAAUGUUCAGCAAGUUUGUCAUUUUAUACUAAACCAGCAAUCAGACAAUUACACUACGCAACAAAGUUUAACUUUAAACAGGCCGAGAAUGAAACGCAUCUCUAUUUUUACAACUAAGUGGUAGAUUUGCAUACAAGUGGACUGGAAUAGUUUCUGUUUCACAGUCAGAAAAGAGUUUAUGAUUUGGUAAACCUGCAAAAUCAAUCUGAAAUCAUCUCUGAAUUAUACUGCAAUUUUUAUAUUUUUACCUCUUACAUCUUAUGGAACUUAAUUCGUAUAUCCUGCUGUGGCAAUAAAACAUUCAAGUAGCACAUGGUAUCAAAACACCA